CUUGGGAGGGCGAGGAGGAGGGGGGAGAGAUAGAGAGGGGAGGAAGACUGGAGGAGGGCUAGGGUUUCGCGAUUGCGGGAGGGGGGGAGCCAUGAACGUGAUGCGGCGCCUCAAGAGCAUCGCGUCUGGCCGCUCCUCGGUCUCGGAUCCCGUGUUGCUGAUUCCUAAUUUCUAAUGCAUGAAUGCUAGGGAAGCUGCAACUGAAGAGUUUAUUGCAUAAAGAUGCUCUUGAUUCAUGUGCAGUUUUACCUUGCUUGAACUUGAAGUAGGUUUCAGAAGUAUUGUGGAGCAGUGGCUAAUUCUUUGGGUGGGGACUCUAGCAUGAAAAAGGUAAAGGUUGAGCAAGAUGUAGAAGGGAAAGAAUGUACUGAACACUCUGUGGUUGAAAACAAAGCUAUGGGUCUCGAGCAGCUUACAACUUCAGCUCACUUGGAUUCUGAUGCAAGCACAUCCAGUAAAGGUCCUACAACCAGACUUAAAAAUGCAGGUAUUGAUCAGCUAUCAAAGGAAAUGCAUGAAAUGACAAUCAGAAAUGAUAAGGCUGAUGGACACAAUGAUAAGAAUGUGAAAGCCACAGUUAUAAAAGGAAAGUCGACUGAAACAGGUCACUUGAUCACAACAACAAUAGGUGGUCAAAAUGGCCAGCCUAAACAGACAAUCUCAUACAUGGCAGACCGUGUGGUUGGCACUGGUUCAUUUGGUGUUGUUCUUCAGGCUAAAUGCCUUGGAACAGGGGAAGCAGUUGCCAUUAAGAAGGUUCUGCAGGAUAAGAGAUAUAAGAACAGGGAACUUCAAAUAAUGCAAUUACUUGACCAUCCUAAUGUAGUUCAACUAAAGAACUACUUCUUUUCAACCACCGAAAAAGAUGAAGUGUACCUGAACCUUGUACUUGAGUAUGUUUCUGAGACUGUUUAUCGUGUUGCGAGACAUUAUCAUCGGAUGAACCAGCAUAUGCCUCUCAUCUAUGUGCAACUUUAUACAUACCAGAUAUGUCGUGCUCUUGCUUACAUGCAUGGUGUUGUUGGGGUGUGCCAUCGUGACAUUAAGCCACAAAAUUUAUUGGUGAAUCCCCACACUCAUCAACUAAAAGUUUGUGAUUUUGGUAGUGCCAAAAAAUUGGUUCCAGGUGAGCCUAAUAUAUCUUAUAUAUGCUCACGAUACUACAGGGCUCCCGAGCUCAUCUUUGGAGCUACAGAAUAUACCACAGCAAUUGACAUGUGGUCUGUUGGUUGUGUUCUAGCUGAGUUUCUCUUAGGACAGCCUUUGUUUCCUGGAGAGAGUGGUGUUGAUCAGCUUGUGGAAAUCAUUAAGGUUUUAGGUACCCCUACACGAGAAGAGAUUAAGUGCAUGAACCCUGGCUACACAGAAUUCAAAUUUCCUCAGAUUAAAGCUCGCCCUUGGCACAAGCUCUUCCACAAGUGGAUGCCACCUGAGGCUGUUGAUUUUAUAUCACGGCUGCUCCAGUAUUCACCAAAUUUGCGCUGUACUGCUUUGGAGGCUUGCGCGCAUCCCUUCUUUGAUGAGUUGAGAGACCCCAAUCUGCGCCUGCCAAAUGGACAGCCCCUUCCUCCUUUAUUCAAUUUCACACCCCAAGAGCUCAGUGGUGCUUCACCUGAUCUGAUUCAGCGCCUGAUUUCUGAAAACAUGAAGUAAAUGCAUAAAAUGGCAGCACAGGUUCUCUCUGGAAAAUUUAUUUUUCUCAUCCAUCCGCAAGUCCAGAAGUCAUUGUCUGAUUGCAAUUAGAACUGAAGAUAACGAGUUCUUCUGAGCAAGGGAUGGAGGUUCCAGAUGCAGUGGAUCUGUGCAGGUUCAUUCUCAUGGGGCAGCAUCGACUGAAUUGGUUUUUCCCCAUUUACCUUUUUGGUUUGUUAACACUCAAAAGAGGUGCAAAAAAAAAUGUACAGUAUUUGGCAUUAAUGGUCACCUACUAUCGUGUGGUUUCUGUCAUUUGUUGUAGUAAAUAUAUUAACUCUGCGUAUAAUCAGGACCAAAAAUUUGCACCAUCUUCCUCAAGGUGGAUCGUGCUUAACUGUUUUCUUCAUUCUUUAGUGGAAUACUUUUCUGAGAUGCU